AUGCUAAUCUGCAUCUCCACUGAGCUGGUGUAUAUAUCUGUUCUUAUUCCUUCACCUGCUGUGUCCAUUUUCCUUUAUAGGGAAUUUCACAACUUAUUAUCAUCAAUAAUCAUUCUUUUCCUCUUCAUGAUACUGACCAAUCUCUCCCCUAAUCCAAAGUUCUUGAACUCCUUGUUUCCAGGGAACAGAUUAGGUUUCUUUUUCCUGCUCUUCUAUCCCUUCUUUUCUUCUUUAAUUAUCACCUUGCAUGUUUUAUUCAUUUCUUUCAUUUAUUCUCCAAUUUUUCUUUCUUUUUUUUUUUUACUUUCUUUCAACUUUUCUUUCAUUAUCAUCUUCCAAGUUUUAUUUCUUUUUCCAAUUUCUUUGAAUAUUUCUUGGAAGUUUUCAUUAUUAUUUCUGAAGAUUUCUUUCUUUUCUCCAUAUUUCUUUAAUUCUUUUUUCUUUCAUUUUUUCCUUUCUUUUCCUCUCCAAUUCUCUCUUUUUCUGAUUAUCUCACUCUCUUUUACUUUCUCCGAUUCUCUCUCUCACUCCCUUUGCCUUUCUCUCUCUCACUCCCUUUGCCUUUCUCCAAUUCUCUCUCUCUCGCUUUUCCUUUCACCAAUUCUCUCUCUCUUUUUUUUCUCCAAUUCUCUUUCUUUCUCCAAUACUCUUUCUUUUUCUUUCUCUAAUACUCUCACUCUUUCUUUCUCCAAUCCUUUCUUUCUUUCAUUAUUAUAUCAUUCAAAUUUGUUUCUUCCAUUCUUUCUCCAAAUUUUUCUUUCUUUUGUCACUAUUUCCUUUCCCUUUGUCAUUCUUUCAAUCUUUCUUUUCCAAAAUUCCAUAUCUUUUCUCAUUAUUUCUUUCUUUAUUUCUAUUGUCACCAUACUCUCUUUUAACCAUUCUUCGUUUCUUCAGACAUUUUUUUGUCCCAUGUUAUCUUUUCUUUCAGUUUUUUAA